AUGGACGAUUUGGACAUAGCAUUAUUAGUAUAUUUGGAUGAUGAAGAGUCAUCAGAAGACGAAAAAAAUCGUUUGGAGGGGAGUAUCAUGUUCAAAAAUCGUGAUACUGAGGGUGCAUUUCAAAUUUUAGUGCGUCGCCGUCUGCAGUGUAAUGACGAAAAGUUUAGGCAAUACUUUCGCUUAACACCAGUGUUAUUUGACUAUGUAUUGAAUCACAUAAGAGAUGACUUAACUUAUAAACCAUACAAUAGACACAAAAAACCAAUAUGCCCAGAAGAAAAGUUGUGUAUACUUGUGAGGUAA